GGCUUCAACCCACACAAGUAAGCUCUUUGAGAGGUUUAUUACCUCUGGAUACCUCUACCUAGAGGUAGGUUUCAAGAGGUCGAGGUCAAGCAACCUCGAGGUCGGAAAAGAACGCUGUUGGUUCCAUUUUCCAGCAGUUAGUUUGCUUAUACACAAACGUGCCGACCCGCGCUGUGCUGAUUCUGGCAUUCAUUCAGUGAUCUCCCUGUACAUAUUCCCUGAUUCCCGUUCCCAGCUUGGAAGGCUCACUGCAGGAUCGCUUUGCCUCCUGCCCUCCUUGCUCGUUCUGCCCCUCUCUUUCGUCCCCUUCCACUCAACAGGUUCACCAAUCUAAUUACGCCAUGAACGGGAUAAAGCUUGCGCCCCACCGCCUCAGGGUCGUCGCUCCUCGUCUUUCCCUCCUCCGCCCCUCGUUCCUCUUUUCUGUGCCCAAGAUUCUGAACUCUCUCCCGUACACCACUCCUCAAACAAACCCAAAACACCACUUCACCACCACAUCCAGCAAGAUGACUAUUCCCCAGCUUGACGGUCUUCAGAUCGAGGUCCAGCAGGAGGGCCAGGGCACCCGUGAGACCCGUCGCGGCGACAACGUCGACGUCCACUACAAGGGUGUCCUCACCAGCGGUAAGAAGUUCGACGCUAGCUACGACCGUGGCGAGCCUCUCAACUUCACCGUUGGCCAGGGCCAGGUCAUCAAGGGCUGGGAUGAGGGUCUCCUCGGCAUGAAGAUUGGCGAGAAGCGCAAGCUCACUAUCGCCCCUCACCUCGCCUACGGCAACCGCGCCGUCGGUGGCAUCAUCCCCGCCAACUCCACCCUCAUCUUCGAGACCGAGCUCGUCGGUAUCAAGGGUGUCCAGAAGGGCGAGUAAAUGGAUCACUUACAAAUGCAUCUAUAGCUCUGGGAUACAGGCGGAUUAACGGGUCAAUGGAAGAUCAUUUUCGGCGUUAUGUCUCUUACCGGUGCUGACUCGCCCUGAGCGCUUCUCGAGUCGCGAUUGGGGCUGGACAGAUACUAUUUGAGGGUCAUAUUUAGGGAGGAAACGUUCGCAUAAAACAGACCGCGUUGGCUGCCUACCUACUUGCUUUGCAAUCCUCCGAGUGCCCCUAGUGAUGAGUACAGGCCGCCCAUGCCGUAUUGGUUCACACAUUGACUUGCGUUUCGGUUGUUUGGUUAAGAGUUUGUUAGUUCGGGAAGUGUACUAAUCCUACUACUAGCGUUCUUCACAGGCUCGUCCUCGUGAGUACUCCUAACUGGACCAUGCAGCGGCACUAUACAGUUCCCUAACUGUCUAUACCUUCUGUCGGCAUACACUAGUCCGAACUGUGAUCCGUCUAUACCCUUUCCUUCGGACUUCUCCAGUUCAGCAGGAUCCAACGAGUCCACCUCUUCCCCUUCUUCUGUACCGCGCUUAACGCCAAGCCCCUCGACAAUCUCCUCGACCUCUCCCAGCACAAUAACGUGAUCCCGGACGGGGACGAAGCCCGCCAUAGGCUCCUCCAAUACCCUGCACUUCAUUAUAUAGAGCACACCGUCCCCAUCCAGUAGGGGUGCCUCUCCAUCGUCCCUACGCACAUCCAUCGCCUCACGGUUGGCAACCACACACCCGCAUUCACUCUCCAGCCCUCUGAACACCUUUUCUGGCCCUUCGCUGUUUCCCCUGGUCAUCCAGUCCGCAAUCGCCGCGCCCGCGAUGUCAUCUGUAAGGAUAUGGAUAUUGAACCGCCUGCUGGCGCGCAAUGCGUCCAGUGUCCGGGACAAAUGGUUGAUGUUGAAGCUGACAAUGGGCGAGGGGGAAAGGCCGAGGCAGGUGAGAGAGGACAUGGUCAUGCCGCGCAUGGUCGGCUUA